CUUUUUCUUUCAAAGGAUCAAAUACCAAUCCUAGGAAUUUCGCCGGGCAAGGAACUGCAGGUAUGUUUAAUUAAUUGCAUUAAUAUAUAAUUAAUUAAUAUAUUAGGAAUUCGCUGGGCUGCAUGUUCGAUUCCUUCCAAUGGAAAUUUCCAUCUACAAACCCGUCAAUAUAUUACCCAUGCACAAAUGUAAUCCGUUUUUGAAAAAUGUUAGAUAGUUAUAAAUAGCGCACACGUACAGGUAAUUGACCAAAAAUCAAUUCAUUUUUAAACAAAAUCCAAUAGCUUCUCUUAAUUAUUAAUAAUCUAUUAUUUAAAUCAACUGUUGUGAUGUACAGGUUUAUUCUCGAUCCUGGUAGUAACUACGUCGGAUAAAUAACACCUACAAGAACUUUUAGAUAAACCGGAAACAAAAAACAAAAUCAAAGGCCGUUGAGGCCCACUCAUGGAUAAGAUCAAGCAAAAGUGACAGAAAGAAUUAGAGCAGUUUGCAGUUGUUUCGCAAACCGGACACCUCGCCAUUUCACACAGUUGGCAAAUCAAAAGAACGAUCGCGUGAUCCAGCCCGAUUUCCUGUUGUGAAAGGCCCGAUUCGUUUUCAAACAGUGCGCGCGAAGCAGGCUGGUUAUUUCCCAUUGUUUAACUGUCCCACACUCAAGCAACCGCAAAGAGCACAAAGGCAAAAGAGCAGAGCGAAAACGACAAAAACAAUCACAACGGCAAAGACAGACAGGGACAACGACACCAGCAGUAGCAUGAGCAACAGCAGCAACGAAAAUUGUAGCAAUGACAAUGACAACUUGACGCAGAGACUUAUGUUCAAUAUUUCACGUACAUAUUUUUAAAUCCAUGGACAUACGGAUUAUUUUUUCCUGUCCGUGAUCCCAGAUCCCUAACGUAAAUGGAGCCUUCUGAUCGGUUGGCGAGGUCCAUAUCAUACGAUACGAACCUCUCGCACACGUUACGUACCUCUCACAUCUCGCGCCAAAACAAACCGGAGGAGCGGAACAAUUUUCAAACCCAAAAAAAUAAUCCAAAAUAGCUGAAAUUAAGGCCCUCCCUGUCGAUACUAAAGAUAAAAAAUAAGCUGAACUGACUUCAAUGUAUUUAGUGUCAAGCCCGAAAUGUAGGCCUACUGUUUUCCGAAAAAUUAGUGCCAAAUAUUUAGUUUCAAAAGCUCAGCAUAUAAUUUAUGCCCAGCUCGUCAUAUUUCGAAAAACAUACGUUACAAUACAAAUACUGAAACCAAGGACUUAGCCUCAAACAUAAAAAAUUAAAAAAAUACCUUACAGCACGUUACAGGUAAACUGCGCGAAGCGUCCUCUUUUGACUUCCUAACUCAUUGGGAAUUUUCCUCACUAGCUUUGCAAAUUUGAAAAACUCUUUGCAAAUAUAUCCCAUGAGGGAAUUUGCAAUAUUCCUAUGUGCGUUGAAAUUAUUGCAAUGCAAAAAACUCCAUUGUAAAUUUUCCUACCUUCCUGUUUUAAUUUCCUGACUUCCUGUUCUGUUCUGAGCGUUGUUAUUCGUGGAUUAUUUUUGUUAGCCAAUUGCAACGCGCAGAACAGGGCAGGAAGUUAGGAACUUGUAACAGGAAGUUAAGAACUUCUAACAGGAAUUGAGGAAUAUUUUAUCGGCUUUUAGCAACAUUGCAACAUGUACUUUUUAAUGCAAAGGUAAUGCGGAAAAUUGCAAUCAAUUUAGAAACUCAAAAGAGGAACGAUUCACACGUAGUUUUCCUGUAAACGGAAUUCUAAACAUGAUUUCGUGCCUCAUUUCAGUCAUAUAAUUCGUUUUUAUAUAUUGUUAAUUGUCUUUGUUGUCGGCAAGUGCAAUUUAUUGCUGCGUGUCGAAAGAACAUUUUUGAAACAUGUUAUUAGGCUAAAACGAUCAGAAUAAAUAAUUGUCUUUAUGCAUCAAAAAUAAAGAAUUUUAUCGUGUUGUUUUUUGGACUAAAGUAAUUUAAAUUGAAAUAAACAAAGUUAACACAACUGAUCUCAAAUCUAAUUCGCCACUGGAGUUUUUUAGGAAUUUAAUUAAGCAUCGCGCAAAAAUUAAUAAUUUAUAAGUUAUUUGAAAAAUGUUUAGUUUUCCUUCAGUCUCAGAAGCCUCCCACGACCUUCGGUCUCGGGCCGCUUUUGAGACCGAGGGAAAUAUUUUUCAAUACGGACCUCACAGCAAGUAAACUUUCAUUAUUUACUCCUUAAUUUCUACAUAGGUACAGAUCGACACAACAUGGUGGAAAUGGAAGACCCUUCUGUGAACUAUCCUUUAACCUCGGGAAAACCGUUAACAAUGUUCACUAACGCUAAAAUCAUUUGGUCAAGUCAUAAAAGAACGAAGACUAAACAAGAUCUCGUUACAAGUAUGGCUUCCUCUGGGUACUACGACAGCGUUUCGCACUAUAAAGCUUUGGUAGCACAGAAUAAAGCACUUAAUGAUGAGUUAAACAACGCUCCAGCAUCGUAUCGUGGUAUGCUAUUGAGGUUUGCACCGGGUGAACAUUACUACAUGUGUACAAGAAACAACAACUUCAGUAAUCGUGACCAGAAAGGUAGACUUGGGGUCCGACCAUGAAGCUGUUACGGACUAUCAACUCAAGCUACAUUGUCUCCUGGUUCUUUGUAGUCACGGGAAACUGGUUUGAUAUAGACAUUGCAUGAGAUUAAAUUUAAAUUUGUAUCUUUAGAAAUAACCGAAACUGUACUGUAUUUUGCAUGCAACUUUUCCUAACUAUUUGUUUAUGGCUAAUAAUUGUUAAGUACAAAAUAAUUAGACUGAAUUUCCUUCUUUAAGGCUGCAUAUUUAUCUUUUAUAGUAUUUUACCCUACCCAUGACCUCUCACUUCAUUGAUAUAGCAAAGUAAAGUUUCUCAAAAACCAAACAAGUAUCGAGAGACUCUAAAAUUAACAAUCGAUACAUGCAUUAUUCUUUCAAACUUGAUAAGCCCAAAUCACUGUAAACUAUUGCGG